CCGUCGGUCCCUGCGGGCCUCUCUCCGUCGCCAUGGAAACGAAAGCGGCCAAGUAGAGCUCCGUCCUGACGCGCCGCCUCCCGUGGGCUCCGGCCGGCUAAGCCGCGGCGGACAACUAUGCUGAAAGCCAAGAUCCUCUUCGUGGGGCCUUGCGAGAGUGGAAAAACUGUUUUGGCCAACUUUCUGACAGAAUCUUCUGACAUCACUGAAUACAGCCCAACCCAAGGAGUGAGGAUCCUAGAAUUUGAGAACCCGCAUGUUACCAGCAACAACAAAGGCACGGGCUGUGAAUUCGAGCUAUGGGACUGUGGUGGCGAUGCUAAGUUCGAGUCCUGCUGGCCGGCCCUGAUGAAGGAUGCUCAUGGAGUGGUGAUCGUCUUCAAUGCUGACAUCCCAAGCCACCGGAAGGAAAUGGAGAUGUGGUAUUCCUGCUUUGUCCAACAGCCGUCCUUACAGGACACACAGUGUAUGCUAAUUGCACACCACAAACCAGGCUCUGGAGAUGAUAAAGGAAGCCUGUCUUUGUCGCCACCCUUGAACAAGCUGAAGCUGGUGCACUCAAACCUGGAAGAUGACCCUGAGGAGAUCCGGAUGGAAUUCAUAAAGUAUUUAAAAAGCAUAAUCAACUCCAUGUCUGAGAGCAGAGACAGGGAGGAGAUGUCAAUUAUGACCUAGCCAGCCUUCACCUGGGACUGCCACAUCCCCAGUGAAAUCAGCAUGUUUCUCGGUGCAGAUCUGAAAUCACAUCCAGCUCCUGAUGUUUUCUUCUCCCUCUGACUGCAGAGGAAGUGUUCCUACCUGCAGGAAGGCACCUGUCAUGCAGGGCAUUCACUCAGACCAUCUGUGCUCUGCCCUGAGUUCAGUUGAGAAAAUCCUAUUAUCGAAUUUGGAUUUCCUGGCCCCAGAACUUCCCAAAGACCUGUAAAAUGGAGGGAUUUACCACCUCACAUAUGUCCAGUUAUACAGUUUGUGGAAUUGUAACCGUCGCAGCCCAAUGAUACAACAGUAGUUUAAUCACGUG